UCUACCGCUCCAACCAAAUUCCCCACCCCUCCUCCUCCUCCGCCGCCCCCCACCCAUGUCGGCCAUCGCCGGCGAGCCCCACCGCGUAGUCCUCCUCGUCGAUCUCAACCCCCUCAUCCCCUCCCAAAACCCUAGCGCUCCCACUGCCCAGUCCGCCUCCUCCACCUACCUCGCCGCCGUCCUCCCAACCGCGGCCUCCCUCCUCGCCGCCUCCCCCUCUCCCACCUCGCUCUCCGCCGCGCGCCUCUUCUUCUCCUCCCUCUCCCCGAUCCUCUCCUCCUCCCUCCUCCCCAAGCACCUCCCCUCCGCCCCGACACCGCUUUCCUUCCACCUCCCCCCGGCCACCCUCGCCUCCCUCGCCCCGCUCCGCCGCCUCGCCCUCCCGGCCUCGCCGCACCCCCGCGUCACUGCCUCCUCCUCCAUCGCCAAGUCGCUCCUCCAGCUCGAGCACGACUACUCCUGGGACGCCGAGUCCCAACACGGCCGCCGCCGCCGCGUCUUCGACCGGCCGCCCAAUCUGGCGGUUCUCUUCACGGCCGUCUAUGAUUUCGAGGAAUUCGGGGAGAACGCGAGCUCUGAGAAGAGGUUUCGGGGGGUUUUCGAGCCAGUGAGGGACCGGCUUCAAUCCAGGGGCAUACAGGUGUGCUGGGUUGCCGUUGGUUCCACCAGCGAGGGGAUCCGGAGGGCGGUGACAGACCUAGGGUGGAGGUUUACGACAGCAGAUGCAGUCACGUUGGGGUCGGCGGUUGCGCCGCCAGGGCUCGUCUGGGGAGGUGUUGGAUUUGGGUGUGGGGGAGGUGAACGGCGAGGUGAGGUAGUGUUGGAGAUUGCCGAUGUGAAAGGGAAGCCACUGGUUUGCAAGGGCUGCGAGGUUGAGAUUGUUGGCUCCACGCUGUCGCAGGUUGGUAGCCAUGGUGUGUCCAGGAUACAUGUGAAGGCGGUGUGUGAGGUGGGGAAUUGCGAGCAGUUGAUUGGCAGAGAUGGCGAGGUUGUUCUGGUACGUGGGUUGCCACAGGAUAGGAGCAAGGGUGACGGUGAAGGAGCUGUGGACAGGGAGUUUUUCCCACAUCGGCUUCUCGAGUUGGUUCUUGCCGAUGAGAGCAAUUGCCUUCACGCUGGAAUGCCUAUUUGGCAGCUCAUUCUGGUUUUCCUUCAUAGGAAAAACUAUUGUGCAAUGGUUUCGAUUUCUGAUGGAGACGAGAAGUCUGUAGAUGGCCUUCUCGUACCUUUCUCGAUGAACUAUGCAUUACUGCAUGUCGACAGGAAUGGCACUGGUUUAGAACAGGUGGUUGCGAAGAGUCCUGAAACAUUGGAUAGUUCCAUGCCCGAUCCACCAAAGGAGCUUAGUGUGAGGAAGAAGAGAAUCAGGCUGGUCAGUAAGCUACUUGUGGCAGCCAGUUGGAGCACCUUCUGUGAUGUGCUCCUCAAACAUGCUGAUGGCAGCAUGCCAGUGGUGGAGUUGGAAGACCUGUAUUUCAGCAGGUAUGGCACUGCAUCCAAAAAGUUGCGGUUUCUGAAAUGUUGGCUGAAACAAGUGAAAUUGUCAUCUCUUGGUACUUCAUCAAGCCUUCAUAUAGGCGAGACACGUCCUUCCUCAAAGGAUGAAGGAGAAGCAAAACUUCAUGUCUCAGAGGAGGAUGGGGCUCCUCAUGUCAACUGUUCGGUGGAUGAAGCAGAUUGUAACAAAAUUGGCAAACCAGUGGAUGAAGCAGAUUGCAACAAAGUGGAGCAACAAGUGGACGAGGAGACUUCAGCAUUCUCUUCAAUGGAAGAUUUAGAAGCAUUUCUUGGGAGUAUCCCUCAGAAGAUUGAGCAAGGUCUUUGUUCUGAAGAUGCUGAUUUGGGAAAUCUAGCUGAACGCUUGGUUGGCUUGUCUGUUGAUGCGCUGAUGAUUAAGAAUGGAAAGAUUACAGUGAGAUAUUUUGAACAUAGGGAAGUAGAUGAUGCUUCUGAUGCGAAAAUUAUCUCCGAAGCUUCCAUUAUUCUGUUGAGGAAACCCAAAGAGCUUCUGUUGAAGUACAAAGACAACAAUUCAGCAUCUGCUGGAUCAGAACAAACCUCAAAAUACAACGCAAAUUACAAAAUCCGAGAGCAUGAACUGCAGAUAUUACUUAGGUUGGAAAUAAUCAGAUCCAAACUUGGCCCAGACUUUGAGGAAGGUUCAAAACAGAAGAUGAUAAAAGAGAUCUGUUCUCUUUUGCAGUUUAUUGAUAUAAACCUCCAAGGGGAUUCAUUUCAGUCUGACAGUAUUGUUAAGUUUGCUGAGAAGACCAUCAAGUCCAGGUACAUGGACUCUAUGGAGGAUGUGAUCAAGAAGAUAUACACGGAGAUGGAGUUUGAUCUGUUCGACGAAGAUGACUUGCCAUGUUCAGACUCUCUACCCAGCAGCAGCAACCAGGACGACGGCAAGGGCAACAAGAGCCGGAGCAGCCAGAGGAACUGCGCCGGCAGCUCAAGCGCUCCCACACUUCACACGAGGAGCAGACACCACGACAGGCACGAGGAGCAGCUGGCGCGAGUGAGUGAGCGGCGGAACAGGGAGCGCAGGCUCUCCUCCUUCACCAGCUGGGUGCCGGACCUGCGCCGCGUGUGGGCGCUCAAGCACCCCGGUAAGGAGCCUCCCCUGGCGGUUGCGGUGCCUCGGUCCAGGCAGCAUUCAAAGCGGAGGAAGCGGCGCGCGGCGUGCACCGACAUGGUCUGCGAGACGCCCAUGACGGCCGCAAAGAAGCAGCAGCCGGAGCAGGACGGGUCGGGGUCUGACAAGAUGAUGUCGAUUGGGUCCGUGUCAAAGACCUUGUUCGACGACGACACGGAGGUGAGCAGUUCCAGCAGCGUGUGAACGAAAGUGUACUCGAACGAGCAUAUUGGUCGCGCGGUUGCACAGUUACGAUUUUCUUCAGAAGCUUGGAGGUCUCUGAGCUCCAGGGAAGGCAUUUCUCAUCAGUAUGGAAGUGUCCUGAUUGUGGUGGUGGGCCGGGCUGAUUACUCAUUCAUUCCGUUGUUGAACUUCGGCAUCUGUUUCAGCUGUAUGUCCUGUCACCCCUCAAAAAAAAAACUGUAUGUCCUGUCUUCUUCGGUGA